GAGUAUGAACAAUAGUUAAGAAUAUUAAAUUGCAAUGUCAGAGUCAACCGAUCCCCACUGUUCCACCUCCAAGUCCAACCUGAUCAAAGUAAAUCACGUGGGCGUUACGGCCAAGAUGCAAUCCCCGCUGAAGAAGAUACUGCCCCGGAUGAACUUCUCCAGCGAUUCGGAUGUUUACCAGAACAGUCAGACGCAGUACAACAUGUUCAAGGAUGCGAGGCGUGGCGAGGUGACCGAGUCCACCGCUUCCGGUAGCUCCCCGCACACCCUAUACGAAAUGCACGCCGAACCGGAUAAAAGUAUACUGAAUCAGUCGAAGAUCAGGCCCCAUAGGAUCGAGUUCCAGCGUUACUCCAAGAGGCGUCCCCAUGUGAUUGUGCCAACUAAGUCGGUUCCUAAGGUAAAGAGACGUUCCAAGUCCCACAAAGCCUCGCAGGUGCCGAAACAUAAAGGAGGUUUCCUGGCCCGUUUGGUUGAAUCACUGGACAAGAUGUGCCAGUGCCAGCCGCCGAACCAGAAAUCCAUUAUCGACGAUCUCCCGGAGCCUCAGUGGAAUCGCAAGGAAGCCAGCCGGCAUACCUGCAUCGGAAUCUAUCCCUUCGAGCACGGAUGCGCCGAUUAUCUGAGCACCACUGACACCCAUCCGAAGAUCAAUUCCAUUGUCCUGGCGGAUCGGGCCACCACCUAUGCCACCCACUUCUGGGCGGAACUCUUUGGGUUGCUCCACAUCGCCGUGGCCUUCGUGGUGGCCUUCAUCCUGCAGAGCUAUCGAUUCGUCCUGUACUCCCUGGUAAACACCCUGCUCGUGGGACUGCUCCACAUGACCUCGGACUACAUGCUGAAACCCUUUCUGACCAUGCUCUUUAAUGGCUUCCUCCAGCCGCCUUUGAUUUUCCUGUACAACAUCUUGUGCUCUGUGAGGGACAUCCUCGAACCGGUGGCCAACACCCUGAAUAACUUCAUGAAACCACUGGCCACAGUGGGCAGCAGUUUACGAAUGGUGGAUGUCAACUACCGCCAGAUCCAUAAGCUGGCCAAGGAUGUUUGA